UUAUAUUAUAAAGUCUGCUACCUUAAUUCAGAAACAAGAAAACUUUGCCAUGGGGCGUUGGAUGAAGCCAGAGAUUUAUCCUCUCUUGGGCGCCAUGACAUUUGUGACCAGUAUGUGCAUCUUUCAGCUUACCAGAAACAUGUUGUUAAAUCCGGAUGUCAAAAUAAACAAGGCUCAUCGUACCAUGGGAGUGCUUGAGAAUCAAGAGGAAGGAGAAAAGUAUGCAGAGCAUGGCCUGCGAAAGUUCCUCAGAACCCGCCGUCCUGAAAUUAUGCCUUCAAUAAAUCACUUCUUCUCCGAAGAUAAAUGAAUAUUAUGUUUAUUAUGGAACAUUCUGGACAGUUUAUCAUCAACUUUGUAAUAUCAUUGGUUUAACAAAUCUUAGUUGUUUUGUUUCAAAGAUUAUAGUAAUUAAAGUCCCGCAGUUUUAUCCAA